UCCACCUCAAGUGAAGAGCAACAAGAACAACAACAGCAACAGCAAAAGUCAACGGAGCAAUAUAUAUACAGUUCUUGUAACUCUUAAUAUCAUUAUUAAUGGAAGGAAGCUUGGAAGGUAUGCUAAUGAAAGUGAGCAUUUUUGCUCUGGUUCAGGCUCUUGUGUAUCUCAUACUCUCUAAAUCUUCAAGUGUUUUCUCUAAAUCAAAGACGAUGAAAAGAGGUUAUAGUUUUCGGUCAGCGAGAUCCAUGAGCAUCAGCCGUAUUCUAGCGGUUCUUCAGGAUAUGCCUGCAGGUGGUGAGAUGUCUCCUUCUUCCAUGGGAUAUUCUUCUCUUGCUUCUCCUCUAUCAUCACCACUGGAAAGCUAAACCACAAAUUGUAUAUGAUUCAAUAGUUUUGAGUGAAUACUGUGGAUGAGAUUGUUUUUCUUGUUGAAUAACGUUCAAAUUCAUUUCUUUAUAAAAUUUAUUUGUAAUUUAAUCUCCAAUUUGAUUCAUGAAUUUUUAAAGAAAACAAGACAAUGACGUUAGACCGUGUUAAACAAGAGAAACAAAACGUCAGCAUGUUAGUUAAGCCUUUGUCACCAAAUAUUCAUUCAUAUCUAUAGGAACUGAUUAUAGAUAUGAAUUAUUGGUUUAUUUUGCCAACCAGAAAAAUGAUGAAAGUUUAUCUAUAGUUGGUACUUCUUUACAGAAAGCUA